AGUGAAAGUCUAUCAGUCUGAGUGAGUCAUUCUGCUCGGCUGUUUGUGUACAGUGCAGAUCAGCUGAGCUUGUUUUGCCUGUUUGUCUGCUGCCCACUCUUCUCACACUGAUAAGAUGGCACAUUCCGAUUGGACCCGGAUCUUUGAAAAUAAAACGAAGAUUCUUAAAGAUGGAGACAACUGGCGUCUGGAGUUUGAUGAGAGUCUUGCUCCAAAAUACCCAAACAAGGGCUGGAAGAUGAGUGUCAGGAGCACCUGUGCAAGGUUCAGAUGCAGCAAAUGUGGGAGAGUCUGGGCUUCCAACAAGGCAAUGGUUGUCUUCCACAUGCGCCUGUCGUAUAGACAGGGCAUCGUCAAGGCCAAACCUCUCCAUCAGAAGUGCAAGACAUGCGACGACGGUCCAAUGGAGAAGCCCAGCAUCAGCUCUGGGAACAUCGCCAUUCUCCUGGAGAAUCUGGUGGAGCAGAUCAGAAAGAAAUGUUACAAUGAAGAUGUGGGCAGAAAAGUCCGGCAUUUCAGAAGCUUUGAUGCACAGAGUCCCCAUGAGCCCGCUCACUGUGAGGCCUGUAUGCAAGGCAUCUGUCCAAGACAGAAGUGGGAAAAGUACUAAACUAUUGAACUCAAGUAAAAGUAAAGUUACUUUGGAUAAAAUGUACUUAAGCAGAAGUAAAAGUGAUGAUCUAUAAAUCUACUCAAGUAAAAGUAAAAAGUAAGUCAUUUAAAAUUUAUUUUAAGUACCCAGUAGCUACUUUUGAGACCUGAGGUUAUAAUAUAUGAUAUUCUUAAUGUAAAAUAACUACAAGAAAAUAUGAAUCUAUAACCAGGUUGUUCUUAUAUACGGUGAGAUAUUUAUAAUGCCAUGUACUCUUUUUGUGGUUGUUUUGCUUGUUUCAAAAGUUUAGAGAAUAUUUUACCACUCUGCAAAUCUGUUACUUUUUUCUGCUUCCUCUUUCAUAUUUCUGUAAAAAAAAAAAACAAGUGCAUGGUUUCACUCAUAUUAUUUUUAGUUUCUAGUUUGCUUCAAACAAAUUGUGGUGUUGCAAAAGUAUUUUGAAAACUAUUUUGCAAACAGGAAUGAAAAAUAAAGUUUCUUCAAGCAAUAAA